AUGGUUGCCUUUUAUGUAAAGUGUUUCUUACUUUUUCCCUCUUUGUGGUUUUAUGCUUGAAGAGUCCCCUGAAACUUAAAUCAUUGUCACCUUUACAGUCACAAGGAUUACUGAAAGAAACAAGUCGGCCUUACUGUACUCAUUGAUGAUAUUUUUUCACAAUAUUUAUCAAAAAUGCUGCAUACGCUAAUGAAGGUUUCAGUGUUGUCAUUUGACCAAUCAGUCCUCAGUCGAUCAAACUUUGAAUGUUUCCUAAGUUAGAGUGGAAGUUUUAUGAGAAGUUCUUCCUUGACAAUCAGACAAUUACUGAGCUGCUUGUCCAUCUUCAUUAUAAUGAAAUUUUUUGCAUUGGAGUAUAUAUAACAUGUAUAAUAAGUCAUUGAAAAGUAUAUCGUGAUUUAAUGGGAUGCCUUUGUGCUGAUAAUUAAUAAUUUUGCAGGCUAACAGGCACACAAUUAUUCUAAUGCAAUCAUCCCCAAAUAGGGCAACCAGAACGUUCAUGGACUACGACUCAAUCAGUCAAGCUAUGGAUGGUAUGGUGUUGGGACAUCUGGUGGCAUCAUGAUUUUUUUUCCUUUCAUAAGUUUAUGAUUAAUACCGUUCCUAAUAUCUUUGUAUCUCAAUGUGUAACAAAAGACCUUUCACGUCUAUCACCCCACAAUGUUUCCUAUCUGAUCCGCACCCCCAGAAUAUGCAUGUUGAUCUAAAUAUUCUUAAAUUUCAAAAGUGAUCCAUUGCAUUUCCCCUGUGAUCGUUUGUCUCACAAAGAAAAAAUUCUUCAGACAUUUUCUAACUAGGGGAAGAGAAUUAGUCGAAUUCAUGUUUUAGCUUCAUAAAUGUUUUCUGGUGGUGCUGUAAUCUCGUCAGGAGAGUGAGGUGAGUGAGAGAGGGCAAGGAACAUAUCAAAAUCGAGAUGUAAUUCAAAUAUAAUUGCUUCUUAUGAUAUACAGCCAAAAAAACCGGUAGAUUUUUCAUCCCUCUAUUGAGAAACUACCAUGUGUUUGCCAUUUAAAGUGUACAAGCUCCAGUUGAUCAGAUUUUCCGGUUUACAUUUUAUAUUUAAUUCGCUCUUUUUAAAUGUACGCUUUAAUAGGUCUUCAUUGUGGUAGUAGAAUCGUAUCAAUAAGACAGAUGGUUUGCAAUACAGAUGUUGAUCUAUAGGGGGUUUAGCAUCCACAUUUUCUUCUCUGUGAUUAAUGGCUCCGUAUGCAGAAAAAUUCUCAUUAUCUUGUAGCUUCACUUUCUAUGACUAUCAACGAGUGGCCUCAGAAGACUUUACGAUAAUUCUAACUGUGGUAAAUUGGAUUUCCCUGAAUGUUGCAAUUCGGCCAUGCCAGAUAGCCAACGUAGUCGUGGCACAGUUCUCAAUACCACGUCAAUAGCGAGGUUAUUUUUUAUUUUUUAUUUCGUUAGCGACAACUGUGACCUUUGGUCAAUACUCUCACUUUGAGUGAAGAAUUUUGAUACGAUAUAAAUUGAAUUUGGAUCAAGUAAGGCUGUUGGUUGAGACAAUUAGGCUGUGCAUUGAAGUGGGUCACUGUGCAUGAGGUUUUCCCAUCUAUGUUGAACAUCCCAAGGGGGGUAUGCCUUGGAAGAUCUAGAUGUAGGUGAUGAGGACAGACAAAGGGGCUCAUAUAUGGGUCACGAGCAACUUUCAUCCGACCAAUCCAAGGCCACAUGAGCAACCCCUUCUAUUGAUCCGGCGGCUUACUAACCUGGACCUACGUCUGCUCCGGAUUAUUGUUUUUUUUUUCUUUUGAAAUCGUUUAGCUUUUUAUUCUUCUUUUAAAAUUGGCAUCAUUUAUUAAUUUUGCCUUAUUUAUUUACUACUUUUUGGUUCUUUUGUUUAUUUCCGCAUCUUCUCCAUGGCAGAAUUAAUUCCUCUUAUGGACAAUUUAAUUCACCCAAGUACACCCGAUGAUUGUCAUAAAUGCAUAAUAUGUAUAUAUUGAUAUUCAUAAUAUACAUAAUAUAUUGCAUAAUAUGUCAUAAAUGCAUAAUAUGCAUAAUACCUAUAGCCUUUGUGAAUCUGCCGGGAUAGCCCAUAGCCUAGUCUGGCUCAGUUUCUCCCGAUCACAAGGUAUUAGAAUCAAAUCCGGAAGGAAAAAUUGUGCCCAACUCAGUUGCCCAAAAAGUUUAGAGCCCGUUGAUGUGUUCACAAGGUAUUAAAAUCUCUCUCCCUCUCUCUCUCUCUCUCUCUCUCUCUCUCUCUCUCUCUCUCUCUCUCUCUCUCUCCCCGUCGUGUGGGGAAAAGCUGACGCGUUCUUUUUUUUUGUGGUAUUAUAUAAAAUAUAACGUUUUUUGGGUAUCAGUGUCUUGUUCUUGGCGACUUAUUGCCGUUAUUAAUUUUUCUUCCACAACUCCACUCAAUAAGAUCCACUGUUUGUAUGCGGAGCACAGGCAUCUGUGGGCUCUACGAACGGAAGCUGAAGGAGCUUAACCCGACUGUCAGAAACAUACAGUAUGACAUCGCCGAUCUAUACAACUUCAUUGACGGCCUCACAGACUUGAGCGCGCUGGUGUAAGUGGACCCUCCAUUAGGAGUUCAUGGUCAACUUGGAGUUUGAUCCCUCACCCCUCCCUCUUAACCUCACUCCCCUUCUCCUCCCUGGUCGCAGGUUCGAUCACUCGAUGCAAGCAUACCUCCCCUACGAUCGAGAGUGGAUCAAGCAGCGGACCUUCCACCAUCUCAAGAAGCUGGCCAUGAGGUAG